CCCGCUGUCCAUCUCGUAACUGCUGUCCAGCCUAAUUGGAGGACACUGAGUAAAUGGGAAAACCGGGAGCGCGUCUUUGAGCUGCAGUUGGAAAGUGGAGCAGAGUGCGCACUGCUUCUCCUCAGGAGCAAAACUGCGUUGCUUUCUCACUCAUAACAAGUUGAUGUUUAGGCGGAGCUAGAUGUUCUCGUUUAUGGCAGGUCGGAUUCUUUAUCACAUAUUUUAAUUUGACGAUCCUGCUUUUCCAGUUGAUGCGGAGGAUACAAGCAGAGUUUCUGCACAUGUAGCGCAGAAAGACGGAUUCUCCAGAGGCUUCCGUAAGAGUAACAGCCAUGUAUGCAGGACGCAAGAGGAGAAAACCCGUUCAGCGAGUGGUGAAGCAACCACCAACUGCGGGAUCCAAGUCCAAUCCAUCUAAACGACAUAGAGACAGGCUAAACGGGGAGCUGGAGCGGCUGGCCAGUCUGCUGCCGUUUCCUGAAGAGGUCACCACCAGUCUGGAUAAACUGUCCAUCCUCCGCCUAAGUGUCAGCUACCUACGAGCCAAGAGUUUCUUCUCUGUUGCCCUCAACAAUCGAAAUGGAGGGAAGGAUGGUCACAAUAAAACAGGAGGAACAAAUACCAAGAUGCCCGAGGGUGAGCUUCUGCUGCAGGUCAGUUAUGAACCACCAAAAGCACCAUGACUACAACAGAGCAGCCCUUUAUCAUCACUGACCGUGUGCAACAAAACUGUUUGUCUAUAUUAUUAUUUAUUAAUUAGUCAAACAUGUUGUCUUUAGUGUUAGUUUGCUGUUAGGAUUCAGUUCCAGGGAUUCGCAGCUGGGAGCAUCAUGCAGGCUCUGGGACUCAGCUCUCGAUGAGACUGUCUUUGACAUUUUACUCUGUUCACGUGACUCAUUGUUUCAUUUUUGUACAUUUGAGAACUGCAUUAAAACGGCUGUGUUGCUCGUCUCAGUGUUGUUCAAAUAUGUUUGACUCCAUCUGUGCAGGAAUAAUACGAUUUAGCUUCUUUAUACUUAAAAAUACCUGAAGUUUUAAAAGCACACUUGUAUAAAUGUUUGUGUGGCAGACGUGUAAAAAAAUGACAGUGACCUCUUCAUGACAAAAUCACAAAGUGUGUGAGGGAUGAUUCACUGCCAUCCUCACAUCGGUUCACACUGGUGCAACUAAACAUCGCCUGAGCUGUUCAGCUGCAGCCAGUGAGCUGAUGAGUAAAGGAGCAGUAAUUUGCACUUUUGUGUCUUUGGGUCAUGAGUGAAAACAGCGCUACUGUCAUUCUCAUAGCCACGAACAGCAGGAGGCUCAGUGUCUGUUGGAGCUACUUCAACGACGUUACUGCUCAAGUCUUCAUCAAGUCAGUGUUUAUAUUUGGAUUUCAUCCAUAAGCCAGCGCGUAGCAUAAGAACUCGUUCCUCAGGAACGCCUUGGGACUUGACAAAUCGUCGGGAUGUUACGCCUCGGGAGUGAGAACGGGCUGUAAAUGCCUGGAGUCUUCCCAGGACUCACAUCCACCAGGUUACUGGUUUGGUUAAUCCACGGCCUCUUUAUGGACCAGUUUGUGCAAAUGUACUGUAAAUAUCACAGACUUCGGCUCUAAUCAAAUACAAAUUAGGUGACCUGGAGAGUGUGACAGGAUAAUCUGAUAGAAAUGCUGUUAUGGGAUAUUUUCUGGAAUUUCAGGUAGAAAUUAUUGAUCAAAAAUCCAGUUUGACUUCUAACAGAAAGAUAAGAGCUCUGUGCCGUCUGUGCUGCGUGUGUGGAGAAAGCUUGCUGGCUGCCGGAGCUUUUCGGGAUCGGCUGCAGUCUUUGAUUUUCCAGCCCACUUCCUUCCAAUGUGCAUCACACUGGCAUUCCAGGAGAGCUGAGGAAACAGGCUCCUUUCUCCAACAUUCAGACUUCUUUCACAUGAUAACUGUACGUUACCCAAACUGUUCGAAGUGAGAAAUGAAAGGUCAUUUGUAGAUGAGUCAGGAGGCGGUGCUCCACAGAGAACUUGCUCCUCGUGCUCCUGAUCCUCAGAAUAAGCGAGGAGAUGAACAGUGAUGGUUUGUCUCCAAAGAAUAGGCUUCAUAAAAGGAGUUCUUGUAUGAAGCCUCUUCCUUUGCUGUUCUUCACAUCAGAUGGUAGUGAAUUAUAGAGGAGCCAGUCAAUUAUUCAAACAGAGAAUGCAGGAAAUAUGGCAGAAUUUAGUAAUUGUGCUACUUUUCCCUUUUAGGUAAUGUUAAUAAUGAACACAGUGAAGGUUCACACAACAGCUACGACAACACAGGACACAGGCUGCCUGCUUUUAGUCUGGAAACCAAGACGUACACAGAUGAUGCCUGAAGUAAACCCUGACAGCUCGGAGGUUAAUGAUACCAUGAGGUGCUAACUGGUUUGAUUCUGGAUGAUUCAGGAAGAGUUCAGACAUGUUUGUGUCAGUUUCAGUGGCUGUUCAUGCUCCCUGAAGGAAGCAGGUCAUGGGAGGGCAUCAGUGCUGUGCUAUCAGAGAGGAGUGUGUGUGUGUGUGUGUGUGUGUGUGUGUG